AUGAAGAUUUUGUUUGUGGUUAUUUGUUUUGCUUUCGUCAAAGCUCAGUAUGAGGUGCCUGAUGCGGUAGUGGAAGUAUACGAACCUAAAGGCUUCACAGUUUCAAUACCAGAUGAGGAAGGCAUAAAGCUAUUUGCGUUCCAUGGAAAGAUAAAUGAAGACUUUGAUGGUUUAGAAGCUGGGACAUUCGCAAGAGACAUCUUAAAACCAAGGAAUGGAUCUUGGAUAUUUAGAGACAGAGAGACUAGACUAAAGAAGGGCGAUAUUAUAUACUAUUGGUUGUAUGUUGAUUACAACGAUGGAAGAAAUACUUUAGGUUAUCGUAAAACAGAUCAACAAUACGAAGUUAGAGAAUUUUCCCGCAAUCCCGAUGCGCCUGUAAUUAGAGAAAAGCCAACAACAAAGCCCAUAAAUAAUAAUAGAGUCAUAUUAUUUGAUGACUUUUCAACCGGCUUUAAAACCGAUUUUUGGACAGUGGAACAGCGAUAUGCAGAUGCACCAGAUUACGAGUUUGUAUUAUAUGUCAACAAUCCAGAACUUUUUCGAAUAAAAGACAAUAACUUACAAAUAAGGCCAGCUCCAUCCGAAGAUAUCUUUGGUGAUGGAUUUUUAACAUCGGCAUUCGAUUUUGGAAACAGCUGCACCGCUCCUAUAGGUACCACAGACUGUAAAAGAAAAUAUGAUGCAGGGUUUAUUUUACCACCUAUCGCGUCAGCACAAUUAACAACGAAAAACAAAGUUACAUUUAAAUAUGGAAAAGUCGAUGUGCGUGCUAAGCUUCCUAAAGGAGACUGGAUUUAUCCAGAAAUUCACUUGACUCCGGUUAAUGAGAAGUAUGGGUUAAAAAGUCAAUCAGGUCAAAUAAGAAUAGCAUUUGCGCCUGGGAACAGUGACUUAAAUCGUGUUCUUCACGGUGGACUCACUAUUGGUCGUAGCGUUGCAGCUACAAACUACUUCGAUAAAACCAUAGAAAGUAAGAUGUCAUCGUGGUCAGAUGACUUUCAUACAUUUAGUGUAGACUGGAAACCAAAUGAAAUAAGUUUCAGUGUAGAUGGUACAGUUUAUGGAAACAUAUAUCCUCCAGCCAAAGGUUUUGCAUCACUAGGACCAACAUUAAACCUAAAUACUGAUAAAUGGAAAGAAGGAACCCUAAUGGCACCUUUCGACCAAGAAAUGUACCUAACGCUAGGAGUUGGUGUGGGAGGAUUUGUAUUUAAAGAUAGUCCGUCAAAGCCUUGGCGAAAUGGAGAGAGGAACAGCUUUAAAGUAUUUAAUUCUGCUCGAAAUAAUUGGCAGCGAACAUGGUCAGAUAGCAGUAAAUUAGAAGUUGAUUACGUUCAAAUUACUUCUUCUUAAAUUUAA